AUGGCCCUCCAACAAUCCCUGCCGCGCUUUUUGCUGCCGCAACUGAGCUGGAAUGCACCCGUGCGCCAAGCCCACGCAAAGCCGAUGCUUUUCCGCCUCGCCGCGACCGCGGCCGCCUUUUCUACAAGCACAACAACGGGCCCCCGCUGCCGCCCACAGACACAGACACAGACAAGGCAUUCGCCAAGCCCAGUCUGCAAGGCGUCCACAGGACCGCCCUCCUCCCCUCUGGCCCGCCGCGCGUUCCACGCCGCAGCGGUGCGCCGCCGCGACCACCACUUUGACACGCUCAAGUUUGUGCAGCGGCUGCAGGACGACGGCUUCACCGAGGACCAGUCGGUGGCCAUGAUGAAGGUGCUCAACGACGUCAUUGAGGAGAGCAUCCAGAACCUGACGCGGACCAUGGUGCUGCGGGAGGACGCGGCCAAGGCGACGUACACGCAGAAAGUGGACUUUGCCAAGCUGCGGAGCGAGCUGCUGUCGGCCGACAGCACCGAGACGAACACGACGCGGGCGGCGCACGAGCGGCUGGCCAACGACCUGGCCAAGUUCAACAGCCGGCUGCGCGACGAGGUGGGCCGGACCCAGGCGAGCGUGCGGCUGGACCUGAACCUGGAAAAGGGGCGCAUCCGGGAGGAGGCGCUGGGCCAAGAGCUCAAGGUCAAAGAGACGGAGACGAAAAUCGAGCAAGAGGUGGCGGCCCUGCGGCAGCAGCUGGAGCAGGUCAAGUUCCAGACGCUGCAGUGGCUGAUGGGUGUGUGCACGGGCUUCGCGGCCUUGAUGUUGGGUGCGUGGCGUUUGUUGAUGUAA